AUGGUGGCCAUUGGAGCAGCAAACUGGUUGGGCAGAGUUGUGGCAGAAGGUGGGCCCACCAAUAAUAAGGUGGUCCAAAUCUGUGCUUUGUUUGGGCUGGACGGCGACCUCUCCGCAAUAGCAAUGGAGAAGACAAUGGAAGAUGAAGUGAAAAAUUUACAGGCUGCUAAAAAAUCCACAGCAAAUCGACGACGAUCAAGAAGAGAAAGAAAGUUGGCGUUGCAGCAAGAUGUUGAUAAGCUAAAGAAGAAGCUAAGACAUGAAGAGAAUGUUCACAGAGCAUUGGAAAGGGCUUUCAAUAGACCUUUAGGAGUUCUACCUCGUCUACCUCCUUAUCUCCCUCCAUAUACAAUAGAACUUCUUGCUGAAGUAGCUGUUUUGGAAGAGGAGGUUGUUUGGCUAGAAGAGCAGGUUGUGAAUUUCAGACAAGGUCUUUAUCAGGAAGCUGUACAGAUAUCCUCUAGACAAACAGAGAAUUCAACAGAUUCAAACAAUGUGUUGUUGCGUAGGAGUUUCAGAAAAGAGCACUCAAGAUCCUUGUCCCAAAAUGAAUUCAGUUCAGGAUUAUUGGCAAACCGACCUUUGCCUUCUCUUUCUAGAAGUGCUUCAAGUAGAAAGCUGUUGUUUUCUGACCCAGUCUCUGAUCGAAUGGGGCAUUGCUCUGAUUUGCCAAUUAAUGGGAAACCAGCUUUAAAGAAACCAAAUUCCUCUUUGGAAGAUAUGUCAGGGAAAGAGAACCAAUCAUGUUCUAAUUCUACAAAGCAUAAGCGAUCUCUGGGAAAGAAUAACCUCGUAAUCAGGACUCCAGCAAAGAGACCUCCAAUUAAACCUGAAUCAGGAGAUAAGUGUGCUGAUCCCCCAAGGCAACAGUGCAGAUUAAUUGACCAGGAAAGAGCACAAGAUCAUAGCUGUUCUAGUUCUUUAGAUGAUAGAGCAUUGGAAACUGAAAGCACAGCGAACAAAAUCUCCGAGGAUAUCUUGAAGUGCUUAUCCAGCAUUUUUUUGAGGUUGAGCUCAUCCGAGGGGAAAACAUUGGAAGCAGAGGCUUUUUCCUCUCUGCUAGUGUUGGCUUUCAAUGGGAACAAUCAAGAAACGGAGUUUUGGGAUCCUUAUGGUAUCUGUUCAAAAUCUGGAAUUCGAGACAUUGGUCCGUAUAAGCAUCUUUGUGCAAUAGAAGCUGGAUCAAUUGAUCAAAACAGAAAAACAAAUGCUUCAUUUCUGAUCCAUAGACUAAAGCUGCUCCUUGGCAAGUUGGCAUCCAUCAACUUAGAAGGUCUUACUCAUCAACAGAAGCUUGCAUUCUGGAUAAACACAUAUAAUUCCUGCAUGAUGAAUGCUUUUCUAGAGCAUGGGAUACCUGAGAGUCCUGAAAUGGUUGUAGCACUGAUGCAAAAGGCAACGAUAACUGUUGGGGGGCAUCUCCUGAAUGCAAUUACAAUUGAGCAUUUUAUCUUGAGGCUUCCCUAUCACUUGAAAUAUACUUCUCCAAAACCUGGUAAGAACGAUGAUCUGAAGGCUCGCAGCAUGUUUGGAUUGGAGUGGUCUGAACCCUUGGUCACAUUUGCACUAUCCUGUGGAAGCUGGUCCUCCCCUGCUGUGAGGGUGUACACUGCAUCUGGAGUUGAGAAUGAGUUGGAAGCAGCAAAAAGAGACUAUUUACAGGCAGCAAUUGGCAUUUCAACAACGAACAAGUUGAUGAUCCCGAAGCUGUUGGAUUGGUAUCUCCUCGACUUUGCAAAGGAUUUGGAUGCAUUUCUCGAUUGGGUCUGCCUGCAGCUACCCGAUGAACUUAGGAAUGAAACAUUAGAUGCCUUGAGAGAAGAGGAAGAGAGCCUCUGUUACAGUUGUUAG